UGGUAGUGCACAAACGGUACUUUCCAUGUCAUCAAAGCUGUCACAGUACGGAGGCAUCGGAGCGUGUACAGAGAAUCACUUUAUUUGGAUCAUGCCAUGUGAUUAAUAACUGAGUCAGCGAUGUUGAGGUGAUGAAACUGAAAUGACAUGGAAAUGUCACAUCAUGGACCAAACCUUGACAACUACCUCGCAUAACUGAGUCAGAUGCUACAACUCUGUGAGAAGUCAUCCAAAGGCAAACAAGACAACUGUUCACCCAUAACAUGGUGACUUUGUUUCUUUGAUGUAGUUACUGUGAGACAGUCUGAUAGGAGAGAGUCCUCAAUGAAACAUGCAUCAUAUCAAACAGUUACCUCAAUGUGAACAUCAUAUGCACAUCAGCAUGAAACAGUUGAUUCCCAAGGUUUGAGAAGCAGACGUGUAGCUCCUGAACAGACAUCAACAUGAUGGAGGCAACUGACAACCCGUCUGGGGGAUCCGGCAGGAGAACUGCCUCCCUCACCGUCACACAGAUCCUGCUGCUAAAUUCCGUGGUGUGUGGAGUUGAGAUCUGUGCCUGUGCAGGCUUCACAUAUAUCCCACCGAUGCUGCUCAAGGUGGGCUACUCAGAAGAGACCAUGAGCUUCAUCUUAGGUCUAGGUCCUCUCCUAGGAUUUGUCAUUGUGCCCGUCCUGGGACGAGCCUCUGAUCACUGCCACAGCUUUUACGGUCGUCGUCGCCCUUUCAUCUUUGCCUUGUCAAUGCUGUUACUUGUGUCAUUAUAUAUGAUUCCAUUUGGUGAGUACUUCAUGACAGUGAUAUUUGGCUACUCUCACCUGAGUAAGGUAUUGGGAAUGUGGUGUCUGACUCUGGGCUCGGUGCUGCUGGACUUCACUAGCCAGGCCUGCCUGACGCCCUGCGAGGCCCUACUCAACGAUGCUUCCAUGGACACAGGGCAACAUGAACGUGUGUUCUCCAUCUACUCCUCUAUGGUGUCCCUAGGAGGUGUCUUUGGUUACCUACUCACAGCAAUAGAUUGGAAGUCUAAUUCCCUAGGCGUCUACUUUGGCUCGCAGGAGGCCUCCAUAUUCUCAAUACUAAUUGUUGUGUUCACUAUAUUAUUAGCAGCCACUCUUAUAGUCGCUGAGGAGAGACCAUUGUCAUCCCUGGGUCGGCAGAACUCAUUGUCAGACAUGGAAGGAAGUUUUGGGAAUUCUAAAGCUCAAGAAUCUGGCUACAGCAGUUCCUCCUCAGAAGACGUCCCGUCUAGUAUUUUAUCAAAUCAUAAGGCCAACUUACAGACUUCUAGUCCACUGCGGUCUGAAUGGAGAAGCAGAGCAUCACAAACCAGAUCAAAAUUGCGUUCUGUGAUUUUUGGAUUUUUUACUCGUGGUCGCUUCUUGUCAAGCGUUUGUGACUGUUUUAGACUGGUUUCCUGUGGGAUAUUUUCUCUGUUGCCACAACAACUGAAACAGGUAUUUGACGUUCCAAUUGUCCUGAGAUACCUCACGAUAGCCCAUUUCUGUUCUUGGACAGCUCUUAUGGGCUUCAACCUGUAUUUUACCGACUUUGUAGGACAGGCAGUAUACAACGGCAACCCAAAUGCCCCUGAAGGCUCCCCCAAUGAGAACCUGUACGAUGAAGGAGUGAGAAUGGGCAGCUGGGGGUUGUUGCUGCAUUGUAUUACAUCAGCAUCUUACGCAUUUUUCAUCGAGAAACUGGUAGACAAGUAUGGAUCUCAGCUGACUUAUCUAGUAGGAAUGUCAUCCUUCUGUUUUGCCAUGAUGGGGAUGGUGCUCUUCAGGAAUGUGUACAUUGUGAACAUUAUGGCUGCCUUUACAGGAUUUGCAUAUGCCACAGUCACAACUAUUCCUUUUAUUUUAGUGUCAAAGUAUCACAUCGAUAAAGAGAUUUACUUCUUUGAUGUCAUGUCCAGUAACGGUCAGUCUUUGUCUGCACGAGGAAUAGCCACGGACAUGGCUGUGCUGGACUCUGCCUACUUCCUUUCCCAGGUGGUGCUGGCCACUGCCAUGGGCUACAUCGUCCACAUCACCGGCACUGUCUACGCCUACAUGGUGUGCGCUGGCGUCAUGGGACUCCUGGCUUGUUUCUUUAUACAAAAAGUCAUCAUAUCUAAGUCUGACGUGCGAGCCCUACAGAUGGGGGAGAGGCAACACAGUAUCUUCAGCUGACCUGAAGCCCAUUAUUAUACUUGGUAGACAUUUUAACAAUAUAGUGGCAUGUUAUAUGUACAACUGUAUAUCAGACAUGGGACAGAAAACAAUGUCUAUUACUAUUCCAAAAUAGGUAGAUUCUUUGUUCUUUGUCAACAGGGUUCGUCUACUCUUGACUGUCUUGUACACCCUGGGAAUAUAUACUCAUGGGAAAUAAUAACACAACCAAAGAUUUUUGUUAGCGAAAUAUGUCACUGAUGUAUCUAGUACGUAUUAAUUAUACUGUCUAAUGGUAUUUUGUCUUUGGGGUACAACGAAAUAACAUACAAGUUAUGAAUAAUCUUUAAAGCAGUUUCCUAGUUUUAAUUCUUAGUGUUGUCAUGGAAACUAAUAUUUUUUAUUCCACACUGAAUUUCUUUUAUUUAAUAGGUUUCUCUUUGGGGCCUACUUAAACCUGAAAUAUAUGUUAUAUCAACCUGCUGUGCAGAGUUACUUCCCUUAGUUGUGCCAGGAGUGAGGUUUGAAUCCCAGAUGUCUGGUCUGUUUCCUGGUUUGUCAGCAUUAUAUGUGGUUAAUGUUUAUGUCCGCGUCCAGAUAUAUAUGGUACAGCUGUCUUUACUAUGUUAUACUGACAUGAGGGUACACUGCUAAUAAUAUUCAGCAUGGGAAAAGGAAGCAUAAAUAUAGUUUUUGUAUUAGAUAAAUUGUAUAUAUAUGAUUAUUUGACCAAUGGGGAUAUAGGAACUGUGUUAGUGAUAUUGUAUUGUCUGUAUGUUUGUAUAAUGGCGGGAUAAAUGGAGAUUAACCUUGUGUGAGUUAAUGUACUGCAGAUAGAUAAACUUGCAUCGUCUUUGUGUUCAUGCAUUUUAUGCAUCCAGUAUUUUUACCCAUCAGAAGCUCUAUCAUGCAGCAUGUGUAUUCAUGCAUGAGAAGUAUUCAUAUCCAUCGGAGAAGCUAUCUUGCGGCAGAUGUAACUUUAUGCAUCUUUUUUAGUUUCGUAUGCGAUAUUGUGCAUAUGAGGACAUCAGAAUGAUGAUACAUCUAAGUCCAAUGCAUAAUACUGUUUGUUGAUACCUAAUUGCAUUUUUUAUCAUUUUGUGAAAGGAUAUGUCAACCUUCCACAGCAAUACUUACUUCAAAUUUAACUGAACUUAACUGAAGGCCAAACCACUUUUAUUUCUCGUUUUACAGAUCCGUCGGUCAUAUUUUUUUCAAGAAUAAGAAAAAUAAUAAUAAUUAAUUUUCCCUGCUCAAACAAUAAGAUCCUAACGUUAAUGUAAUAUAAGUGAAAUACCCUUGAAAUCGGUAAGAAACUUAAAUUCACUCAACUUACUUUUGAUAUAAACAAACCAAAAGUAUUAACAUGGAAACUCAUGUGGAUUUUUGCUUUGACUGGUGAUAUUUUUUAAAUAAUUUUUCCCUCCUGCCUUUAGGUUUUCUGUGGACAAAAAUCCGUAAAACAAGAAAUAAAAUUGGUCUGACCUUAACAUCAUGUUUGUAUCAAUACUGAAAGUGCUGGGAUGAUGAAGGAGACAACAAUAUUUUAGUGAAUCUGUUAACGCAGCAAAAGUAAAGUGGAGGCCCUCUAUUUUGUUCGCAGUUUAGGUUGAUGUACGAAAUUGUUGAGAAACUCCCCAAACCUCAGACAUGUUGGCAAUAUACUUACAUACGUACUGUGGCCACAGUGCCACACAUAACAGCUGUAAUAUGGUCUGUCUCAAUUAGGUUUGUAACAGCUGACUAAAUACAUCCCAGCUUACCAUCAAUAGUUGACACUGACACCCAACUUCAGCAUCUCCUCUACCAUAAAUAGUCAUAAUGAAAUUAAAAUAACAGUCAUCAAAUUUUCCCUAUAGUUGUGACCUAAAAUCCAAUUGGCUUGAAGAUGUACUUCUUCAUCCAGAACUGGUUCAGGGACCCUAUCCACAAAGCAGUCCUAGCACUACGCCAUUCAUAAGCCAGAGCUAAAGUUUUGAGUUAUGAUGGGUCGUACACUUUUUGGAUCAGGACCGAGGAAUAUAUAGAGGCAAUUCUCUCUACCUCUCUCAACUGCCAACUACUGUGCUGAAUCAGGGAUGUGGCAGGUUGUUUAGCUUUGUCCUCAUCUCAAAUAAUGCAAGCAAGCGUAAACAGGAUGGUCACCAGUCCUUAACUUGUCCUUGGUCAUCCCUGCUCGUCACACACUCCCUGACAACACAUCAAUCAGAGCCUGUGACCUCCGUGUUCAUCUCCCACAGGCUGCUGCUGCUGCUGCUGCUGAUACUACACAAUAUAUUUGUAUAAACAGAGGAGUUUCUAUUUUUCUUAUGUAUUUUGUUGUCUUUUGUGAUGUGUUAUGAAGUUCAUUAUUAUAUUUUGGAUAUAUUAUACAUAUACAUGCAUGUUAAAUAUUGUUAAUGUGUUCACUGACUGUGUUGAUGGAUAGUGUUAAAGUGUACAGCAGGAAUAGCAAGUCGUGUGACCUCCCAUCCUGACCUCCUCCUGUGGUGACAUCCCUCACAGUCCCAGCUGGGCUAGGUACUGCAGCUCACUGCAUACAUUCAGCAGUAGAAACAACCCUUAGCACAAA